AUGGGACGAAGCUGGCGAAAGCACGAUGAUGAAUGGACUUGCUCACUCUACGGACGCGUUCUGUCAUUACGACAGGACCCAGAUUUCCUUUGGUACCGAUCAUACAAACCUCCAGCUAUCGAAUCCGCCGCCCUUCCUACGCCCCCGAUCUCUACUGUAGCAACUGAACGUGGCACCCCUGAUGAUGACGACACCGAGGCAUUGAUCUAUCAUUAUUUCAAUCUCGAGUAUAAUCUAUCGGACUUGUAUGAACAAUGGGCAGCUUCGGAUGCAAAUUUUAAGAAGAAAGCAGUACAGUUCGCUGGUAUUCGAAUCAUGAGGCAGGAUGCUUGGGAGACUCUUGUUUCUUUUAUUUGCAGCAGCAACAACAACAUUGCCCGUAUAUCUCAGAUGGUAGAAAAGUUAUGCGUCAACUAUGGACCAUUCAUUGGUCAAUUGGGUGACCAGAAAUAUUAUGAUUUCCCAGCUCCGUCAGCCUUGACUGGUAUUGGUGUUGAAUCGCACCUUCGGGAACUUGGCUUUGGCUAUAGGGCCAAAUACAUCUACCAGACCGCAAUGAUAGUUGUAAAUGACCGAGAUCCUGGGUGGCUGAACAGCUUACGGAACCCAGAAAAGCCUGCUUUCAACGAGGAACCUACUGCACCUGGAGCUGUGGCUAGAGUUGAAAAGUCGGGAUAUCGGGAGGCCCAUGAGCAGCUGCUUGCUUUACAAGGUGUCGGCCCCAAAGUUGCGGAUUGCGUUUGUCUGAUGGGCCUGGGUUGGGGAGAAUCGGUGCCUGUCGACACCCAUGUUUGGCAAAUUGCUCAGCGUGACUACAAAUUUGGAAAAGGAAAACAAAAGACUUUGAACAAAACAACAUAUAAUGCUGUUGGUGACCACUUCAGGGAUUUAUGGGGGAAGGAAGCAGGCUGGGCGCAGAGUGUUCUCUUUACCGCGAAUCUCAAGUCAUUUUCUGACCGUUUAAAACUCAAGGUUGAGGAUGACAGUCAGUCUACUGAGACGCUAAAAUUUGAGUCUAAAAUAGAGUCAGGACUUGUGAAGAGAGAGGGAAAGGAAGACAGCGAAGACGAGAAAGGCGGGAUUCGAGUAAUUACCCGAAUUUCUGUGAAAAGGGAAUUGUCGGAAGGUGCAGAUACAGGCCUUGGAGAUAACCCUGAUACCCUUGAAUCCGCGCCAAAGAAACGAAGAACGCGAUCAUCAAGAUCUCGGAAAUAA